AUGGGAGCAUAUAUGACAGGUGGUGUGACAGAUGGUAUGAAACUAGCAACAAUUACAUCCAAAGUUGGCAUAAAAAUCGCAAUAACAAAUGCCAGAAAAUUAGAUCCGAAAAGAUUGGAAAAUGCAAUGGUCGAUUUCUUCAGAACGCUAUGGGAAAUGAAGUUAUAUAAGGAAUCAUUAAUCCUCGUAUCCGAAUUUCUUUGGAAUGAAGAUAUCAAAGAAAUUUUAUCAUUAUUUCCAUUUUUUGUCAUCGAAUCGAAGCCAUCACCCCGUAAUAAACUCAAUGGACUUACAGAGUAUACUCUUGAUGACAUCGAAGUCUUCGAAAAGCUUGGUCAAUUUUUGGUAUUUACAAGAUCUCAAUUUUCCGAAUCCCAUGAUUCAUAUUUAACCCAUCAGAUGCCUGCAGUAGAGACUGCCUUAUUCGAAUACUACGCGAUCUUCCAUCAAACACGCGAACUUGAUGCGUUAAUGGCCGAAGAAAACUCAGUGAUUUCGCAAGCCGUAACUUUGUUUUUCAACCAAUUUUUGGCAAAAAGGUCACUUCACCCGGCUCUGGCCAUUUAUUUUGCCCACACAGAGAGAAUUGAUGAAGCCCUGAAAAUCUGGAAAACGUUGAAUGACGCUGACAAAGAAAACGUUCGAUGGGCGGUUGAAGCAGGAUAUACAUUGCAAUUAGUAGAUGACGAAGAUGACUUGAAAUCGAAUUUGGAUUGGAUAAAGAAGAGAUCAAGAACAGCAGCAAUUAUAGCAUUCCUCAGACCAAACGUUGAUAUUUCAUUGGCCAUGGAUUGGAUAAAACAAAAUGCUCAGGAAUUUUCUGUCAGAUUUUACGAUUAUUUGUUAAACAACAAUUUGUUGAAACCGGAAUUAGUAAAGAACGCGUUAGAUAGUUACACAGAUCUCCUUUCGAUUGUAGGAGCUCCUGAGUUUAAAGCAGAUCACGCUGCUUUUUACGAAAAAUACUAUCAAACAUGGCUGAAAAGAUCACCAAGACAGAACGAGCUCGAUGAACUUGAUAAAUACCUCAUUGACCAACUAAUUAAAUGCGCAAUGCUGAAUCCAAAGAACUUAUCUAAAUACUGUUCAAUUGCAAAGAGACUUGUAAAAAUGGAUUUGAUGUUUACUUUGUUCCAAAUUGGAGAAAUGUAUUCUGAAGCUGCAAAAGAGUUCAUAUUGACAUGGAAAGCAGAUUUCGCUAAGAUACAAAAGUUCUGCAGACAAUGCAAGAGCCCUGAAAAGGCAUUCAAGGUAACUAUCGAAGUUUUGGCCGAAGAAGGAUAUAAUAUUUUUGGCCAACAUCGACAAUUUAUCUUGGAUAACAUUGAAUUCAUUUCCCAUGAGGAUAUAAUUAAAUGGAUACCUGAUAAUCAGAACAUUGAUGACUAUAUUGAUUUCUUUAUCUCAAUGGAAGGAAAGAAUUUACUUAAAAGAAACAUAAUGAAGAUGCAGGAAGCAACAAUUAGACAGUUGAACAACGAAAUUGACUACAAACUUACAAUACAAGAAGUAAGAUGUGCUGAAUUUGGUUACACAACGGUUUGUGGGUCAUGUGGAAGACCUGUUGGAAGUGGAUUUGUUUGCGUCGCUCCAGAUAACACUGUUUAUCAUUUGGCUUGCAAACCAAAGAAAUUAGUUAAUGUUCAACAAGAAAAUCAUGUUUAA